UUCCGUGUAGGUAGAGUUUGGCCGGUGAUUCCCUGACUGAACAGGAACAGAGUGAAUUUUGUGUUUGUCUUUAAUAGUCUGUGUUUAUCAAACAUCAUGGAUCUCAUUUAGACCAAGAGUUAUUUUUUAAAGACAUAUUUCUUAAAAUAACUGCAUUCAAUUGCAUAAAUGUCUCGUUGAAUAAUGCGUUCUAAUGUUUGCAUUCGUGUCGUAGCAAAAAUAACUUUGAGUCCUUUUUAGAAACAAUCCACAACAGUUUAAGUUCAGCCUUAACCUAAAUCGGGAGUGAUUGAUAUCAAUUCGUUACAAAAUUUAGUUUUCAUUCAUUCUUUUUUAUUACUCUGAGGCAGAGUUUAUAAAUCACUAUGAACAACUGGGGUCAGUGGGGGGCUGCUGCUGCGGCCACCAAUGCUGCCACCUAUCCAGCAUCAACAUUUCCCACUCCACCAGUGCCGCCUGUUCCUCCAGCUGCUGGUGCAUCUACACCAGCUGCAACUUUGCCAGGGUUCCCCAUGGGUCAGACACCAAUGGGUUAUCCCUACUAUGGAGCUGCCGGAGCUAUGCCUGGGGCAGUGCCAGGAGGAUCUUACCCACCAGCACAAUGGCCAAUGACAGCGACCACUGCAGCGCAGCAACAGCAAUGGCAGCAGUGGGAGCAAUGGCAGCAGCAGUAUGCCCAAUGGCAAGCACAGUAUGGUGACAAGUGGACUCCUGAGAUGGUUAAAAAGUUUAAGUACCAGUCCAUGAUGGCGAUGGGAGGUAUUCCUACAGCUGCCGGAGUGGCACCCUUGACUGCAACUGGAGCCCCUCCCCUCCCAGGCACAGAUAAGGGAGCGGCUGGAGAUUCUUCAUCACAGGACAAAAGUAAUAAGAGAGGAUAUGAAGGAGGCAAACCUGAUACUGACACAGCCAGUCCUCAACAAGCCAACAAAAAAGCCAAAAAAGAUACAAAGGAGACUUUGGAAGAAAUGGCUGAGCAAGAAAAAGCUUUUGACGAACAGUUCAAAAACUGGGAAGCGCAGUUUAUGAAGUGGAAAGAACAAAAUAUAAAUCACCCUGAUAAGGAGCAGUACAAAGAGUACGAAGCUAAGUGGGAGAGUUGGAGGGAGCAGCUUGUACAGCGAAGGGAGCAGAUGAAGAGGAAGAGGGAGCAAAAACUAGCAGAGGAGAGGGCUGCUCAGUUGGCAGAAGCUACUAACACCGCAGCAGCAGAAGCUUCCAAGAGUGCCGCGAGUGUGACCACCACUCCUGCAACUGCGGCUAGUCAGAUGUUCCCCACCAUGGGCUACCCUCCACCCUCUAUCAUGCCUCCUGCAGGCUUCCCAGCACCCUUCCCAGGCCCAGGCUACCAGGGCUACGGCUUCCCAGGGAUGAUGGGAGUGCCUCCUGUGGGAGGGAUGGUGGGAGCGAACCCUGACCUGGUCAACCAUCCACCAGUCAUGCCACCAGACUUAUCUGUCCCAGACCAGAAUGCACCCCUUAAAAUGAAUGAACCUCCGCCAAGUUUCCAAAGAGCUCCUCCUAAAGGUAUUCCCGGCCUAGAUCUUCUUGCUGGAGGAGGUGGAAGGUCAGCUGAAUCACGAGACAACCAAGAGAGGGGCAAAAAACCUCCCCAGGUGCCUGUGACUGAGCCGUUGAUGCACUCUUCUGACGACAAGAACCCGUUUAACUUUCCUCCACCCAGUCAAGAUAAUAGCCAACAAGGAACAAGGAAUUACCAGUCAGGCCCUCCAGGAUAUCAAGGGAAUUUUCAAGGCCCGCCGAACAAUUUUCCAUCAGGGCCCCCCAACUUUCAAGGUGGACCGAACAACUUUAUGCCCCCAAAUAUGCAAGGACAGAACAACUUUGGACCACCAGGGUUUGGACCGAGGGGUGGUCCUCCCUUCAUGGGUCAAGGACCUCCAAACAUGCAAGGACCUCCAAACAUGCAGGGACCCCCUCCUGGUCCUGGGAGCAACCAAUUCAAUAAUCGUCCACCAUUUAAUCAGAACCAAGGAAACUUCCCGCCAAAACCAAAUUUUUCUGAAAACAGAAAUGAGCCAAGGAAAAAUUUUGGUCCUAAUAACCAAAAGAACUUGCCAAGUUUAAUGGACGGUUUUGAUCCAGAUCAAGCCCCGCCAAACUUAAACCUAGAAAGAAAAACUCAAGAUAAGCUUAAAGAGUGGGAAAAAUACUACAGUGAAGAAAAUGAAUAUGAAAAUGAUCCGUUUGCAGAGAACAACGACGAAGAAAAGUACAAUGACUCGGAGGAUAGAUACGGAGGUCCUCCUAAUUUCAAAGGGGGUCCCCCUGAUAGAUUCAAAGGAGGUCCAUUUGGAUCUGGUCCUCCAGGCAGAGGAUACAACAACAUGGGGCCUGAAAUCGAUGACAGAGGGGGUCCGAGGGGAAUGGAUCGCUUUGACAAAAAUGCAGGAGAUAGAGGCAAGUUUAGGGGCCCACCUGGAAAAUUUGAUGGACCUCAUAACAGGUUUGACGGCCCACCCAGUCGUGAGUUUGGCGGUCCUCCUGGAAGAAAACCAGAUGGACCACCCGGGAGAUACGAUGGCCCGGGGCAUUACCCUGGUGAUCGAGAAAACGAUGAUCCGUUCUCAAACUAUGACAGGUUUGGUCCUGAUGGUGAGCGAGGACCAAGGUUCGUUCGUGAUGGCAGAGGGGGCGGAACUGACCGAGGACGAGGAAGCUUUGGUGACUUUGAUGAACCUGAAAAUCCUGACUUUAGAGGACCUGACAACUUGGGAGGUAGAGGAAGCAAUAGAGAUGAUAGGUUCGGUCCUGGUCCACCAUUUGGUGAUGACUUUGCAGGUCCCGGAGGAAGACCUCCAAUGGACUACGGUGGCAGACCUCCACCAGACCAUGACAAUAGGAGAGGACCACCAGGCAAAGGCCCAGGGAUGUUCCCACCGAGAAUGGAUGGGAUGGCUGAUCCAAUGUCAAAAGAAUUCCCACGUCAUGGACCACCUACAAAUGAUGGGAAUUCCUGUGUUGAAUCACAAAUAGAAACUAACACUAGAAGAAAUGACAAAGGCCCUGAACCUAACCCAGAGUUGAAUAAAGGGGGUCCUCCGCCGUUUCCUCAUGAACUGAAGCCUACCCUGAUACCUGGUGGUGGUGGGCCGCCUGCUGGUCCCAAGUUGAUCUCUGACGCCCCAGGAGAUGUCACUGUGAUAGACUACUCUCACAGACCAGCUCCGCUCAAAGCUAAUGCUACAGACUUGGACAUUCCAGUGAUGAUUCAGCCGAUGCACAUGUUUGACUACCAACACGGGGCUAACCCUGGUCCUCCACCGUUCAUCAAGUCCUCCUUCCUGCCUAGAGGCCGAGACUUUAAUGACAUUGAACGUGACCUGGAUAGGGAGAGAGAGAGGAGUGACAGUAGAGGCAGAGGUCACAGCAGGGAGGACAGGUUUCCUGGCAGACAGGACAGACGGGACAGGGAUAGGGACCAUGACAGAGGCAAGGAGGACAGGUUCAGGGACAGGAGGGAUGACAGGGACAGGCGAGACGACAGAGACAGACGAGACGACAGAGACAGACGAGAUGACAGGGACAGGCACGACCGAGAUAGAGAUAAUGACAGAAAAGAUGACAGAGACAGCAGGGGUCGUAAUGACCGUGAACGUAACGAUCGGGAACGCAACGAUCGAGAACGUAACGACCGUGAUCGUAAUGACAGAGAACGUAACAACAGAGACAGAGAACGAGAAAGAGAGAGGGAAAAGGACAGAGAUAGAAGGAAUGAUGACAAGUCUAACGACAGCAGGAGUAAAGACCAAGGGGACAGGCGAGGGGUCAGGGAUAGGUUUGAUAACCUAAAGCCUAAAGACGACAGACCAUCAAGGGAGGAGCCGCCUCCAGCCAGACAACACCCAGCUGUUCUAAUAGAAGAUAUCCUCAACACCCCGGGGAGAGACAAGAGACCCAACAAGAUACUAGUCAUUCUACGAGGACCACCAGGCUCUGGCAAGAGCUUUGUGGCUAAACUAAUCAAGGACAAGGAAGUAGAGAAUGGAGGCAACGCGCCCAGGAUAGUCUCUCUGGAUGAUUACUUCAUGUGUGAAGUAGAGAGAGAAGAGGUGGAUCCCGAAACAAAGCGCAAGUUUACAACCAAGGUAAUGGAGUAUGAGUAUGAACCAGAGAUGGAGUCGCACUAUCGUCAGUCUCUUAUCAAAGCUGUCCGCAAGAACCUGGCCGACGGCUACUUCCCUUUCAUAAUCCUCGACUGUAUCAACAACAAACUGGAGCAUUAUGAAGAAAUCAACACGUUCGCCAAGCAGAAGGGCUUUCAGGUAUUUAUCUGUGAGAUGGACUCUGAUGUAAAUGUGUGUAGCAAGAGAAACAUACACAAAAGAACAGAAAAGGAGAUAGCGGAAAUGGUGAAGAAUUGGGAGCCAACCCCCACAUCUCAGACACUACUGGAUGUCAGGAGCUUACUGCAGUCUGCUGCCAUUACUGAGGUUGAAAUGGAAGAUGCUCCGGCAGAAGAGGAGAAGAAUGAGAAGACAGACAGUGGAGACAAAGAAGAGUCCAAGGUGGAAGAUGUAGAAGAGGCGAAAAACCCUGGAGAAAAAAUGGAAGAAGAGAAGAAAGAAGGUGUGAAACCUGAAGCAAACCCGCCUGCUGCGGACGAUAAAAAGACGGAGGAAAACACUAAUAAACCGGAACCGGAAAAACCUAAACCUCAACAGACACCUCCUCAAAAUCAAAACCAGUUUCAAAAUAGGGGUCGUGGUGGGUUCCAGGGAGGGCGUGGAGGUCCAAGGGGUGGCCGAGGUGGUUUUGGGGGUAACUACGGGAGAGGCUAUGGGGAUUACCAAAACUACCAAAACCAAAACCCAUAUAACCGGUUCCAAAUGCAAGGCAGAGGUGGAGGACGCGGAUAUUAUUAAUCCUUAGUUAAGGAUACCGACUAUAUAAAGUUAUUAGUGUUCAGAGUCAUCAUUUUACUUUGGCUUUCCUCAUAGCAUACUGAGGUUAGCAUGCUUCAUAAUUAGAUAACGCUGGUAUUUUAUCUAUCCUUGUUUUAAUUAAUGACUGUUGAAAGAACAGUACGUCAUGUCUUUAUUACUUUAGAUUACAGUAUGUAGUUAGUAUAGAAAAUAAGUAUUUCUCAACAUUUUAAUGUUUCUUAGACUAAGAUCUCGUACUUUAUGUUUUAUUUUAUGCACAGUGGUCGAGUAAUGAAUUUAAACGCAGUUUUAACGAUUUCUAUUCGUGUAUUUUUUUGAUAGUGAUUUGGAAUAUAUACUGAUACUAAAAACGGGUUUACUCUGAGUUAUGGUUAAAAAUUAUCGCAAAAUUUUGCUUUUAGUCUUGUUACUCCUAAGAUUGUCUAAUACACCUGGGUAAAAUUACAGUUUUACUGUACUUUGACACAUAUUUCACUUAUUGUUUCCUCGUGAUGCAUUUCGAUAUUUUUUUAUCUUAUGCGAUCUGGUACAGUUUUGAUGAUUCUUGUUGAAGAUGCUUCAAUAAUCUUACUUCAUGCAGGAUAGCGAGCUUUAUCAGGCAACCAAAAAUAUAAGUUGAUAAUACUUUAAAACAUGGGAUGGUACAGCAAAACUUAAUCUAUGCCACAUUACAUUUAGCUUAAAGUGUUUGAUGUAUAAGUGUACAUAAUCAUUCACGUUAAAAAUUCAUCGCAUAACGUUCUGCAUAUUCUACAAUAAAAUUGUUUUAAAGGUUUUUCUAAGUUUGCUAUAAGUAUUUGUGUUAUUUUACUAUGUGGGUGGCAUAAUAUUGUGUUUUCAUUGAAAUUAAACCCUUUGCCAAAAUGUUUGCAAAAGAUAGCAUAGUCAAUCAACGGUGUUGUCAUUAUUUAAAACAGAGUUUAACAUUGCCUAUGUUUAUUAUGUAUUCACAAUGUUUGGUUUAUUAUGAGUUUGAAUUUCAUCAUCAUUAUAAUGUUUUACUUUGAA